CAGCAGGGACUUUGUGGGCUGAAGUGAGCGGGGGAUGCUGCUGCUGCUGUCUCAGCCUCUCUGCAUGCCCGCAAGGACAGUUCCUUGCUUGCGAAGGCUGUAAGAGGACAUUUUUGACCAAACAGGAAAGUUUUGCUGUGUUCCUGAUGGAGGGGAGCUUGGGAGGCUUUCAGGAAGGACACCAUGUUUCCCUGUGUCUCCUCAUGGCCUUCUACUGAAGCGACUGCCCCUCUCGGCUAUGCCCCAUCCACUCCUGCAACCCAGACACCUGAUCAAACGCUUCCAGACCUGCUGCGUGGGUGUGCCACGCUCUUAGCCCCUCCCCUGAGCCCCUGUGCCGUUGACAUGGAGUCCCUCAUUGUGGUGACGGAGUACGAACCGAGUGCAGGCAGAAUGGGUGAUGUUGAGGAGGAAGAGCCAGAGGAGAUGGAUAGCUCGGAGACACCUGAGCUGGCUUCAGCUCCACCCCCGCCCUUCCAUUCUCCAUCCUGUGACCUUUUAUCCCAUACAGCCAGCCGACCUGAGGCUCUCUUCCCAGACACUCAGGAACACCGUGGUAGGCUGAACCUCUCAGACAGGAAGCUGUCACUGCAGGAACGCUCACACACCCUCUCCUCACCCAUCGGCUCACCUGGUCUCAACGGGCGCUACAUAUACCCCUCACUGCCCUACUCGCCCAUCACCUCACCUCACUCGUCUCCUCGCUUGCCUCGUAGACCCACUGUCGAGUCACACCGAGUUUCCAUCACUGAUCUGCAGGACUGCGUGCAGCUGAACCAGUACAAGCUGAAAGAUGAGAUCGGAAAGGGGUCGUACGGAGUUGUCAAACUGGCCUACAAUGAAGAUGACAACACUUACUACGCGAUGAAGGUCCUGUCCAAGAAGCGUCUGAUGCGGCAGGCUGGUUUCCCACGAAGACCUCCUCCUCGAGGAGCCCGCUCUGCUCCUGAAGGUCCACCUCAGCCCAAAGGCCCCCUGGAGCGGGUAUACCAGGAGAUCGCCAUCCUCAAGAAGCUCGACCAUCCUAAUGUGGUCAAGCUGGUAGAGGUGCUGGACGACCCAAGUGAGGACCAUCUGUACAUGGUAUUUGAGCUGGUCAAGCGAGGUGCGGUGAUGGAGGUCCCCACUGAUAAACCACUGAAUGAGGAGCAGGCUCGCUUCUACUUCCAGGACCUGCUCAGAGGAAUUGAGUACUUACACUAUCAGAAGAUCAUUCACCGAGACAUUAAGCCAUCUAACCUGUUGGUUGGUGAGGACGGACACAUUAAAAUCGCCGACUUUGGAGUCAGUAACCAGUUUGAGGGAGCUGACGCCCUGCUGACCAGCACGGUGGGAACGCCGGCAUUCCUCGCUCCAGAGACACUCUCCGAGACCCGCAAGAACUUCUCGGGCAAGGCUCUGGAUGUUUGGGCCAUGGGGGUCACGUUGUACUGCUUCGUCUUUGGCGUGUGUCCCUUCAUGGACGAGCGCAUACUGAGUCUGCACCAGAAGAUCAAAACUCAGCCCGUGGAGCUUCCUGAGCAUGCUGACGUGUCUGAUGAUCUGAAGGACAUCCUUUUUAAAAUGCUGGAUAAAAAUCCUGAAAACAGAAUAACCGUUCCACAGAUCAAGGUUCACCCUUGGGUGACACGGCAUGGGGCAGAGCCUCUUCCUCCUGAGGAUGACAACUGCUGCAGUCUGAUUGAGGUGACAGAGGAGGAGGUGGAGAACUCGGUGAAACAUAUCCCCAGUCUGGCCACAGUGAUCUUGGUGCGCACCAUGCUGCGUAAGCGAUCAUUCGGGAAUCCUUUUGACUGGAGUCGCAGGGAGGACCGCAGCCCCACUACACAGGGACACAGCCUAACGAAACAAGAGAGUGGAGACGGCAUACGCAGCGUGGACUUGCCCUUCGUAGGCGAGGAUGAAGUGCUUUCCUGACGCCUCACGCCUGACUGAAAAGGGCUUAGUGUCUCAUGUGGAUGAUGGGGGAUUUUGGACCGGUUCCCGAGUGCCGCCAUGCAGCUGGGACACGAGGACGGCGUGUGACGUGUUUCCCCUACAACAUGCAUGCAUUUGUACAGUUUUACAGCAGCAUGCGGUGUGUGUGUGUGUGAUCUUAGGACACACUUCCUUACAUGUGUGAGUGUGUUUAUUUCCCCUCCUAUCUAGUGCAGAGGCUGUGCUUGCACUUUUACUAUAUGGAGUGGGAUCACAAUAUUUCUUGAAGCAUGUAGUGGAGGCGGUUUGAAUGUGAUUGGCUGUUUCUCAACACAGGAAGUGCAAAAAAAAAAAAAAACCUCAUAAAUACUUUGCUAAUAGGUUCCAGUUAACUUAAAGCUACCACAGGAGGUUAUUGCUAGCGAGCUGAUUUAGCUAGCCUGCGCCUCCUGACAGUGGAAAUAUAAAACAGACUUUAAUAUCAGGCAUUGUUUUUACCAAAUCAGCAAAUAUCCUUUUAUUGUGUAACCCGUUUAAUAAACUCAGCAUGUAGACUGUGCUUACAGUAAACAAUCUCGUUAGUGACAGAGGCUUCCUCCAAGUUUGUAGGAAAAGGAACACUUUCAGGUAUUUAAACUGCUUUUCAGGGCGUCAAAAGAAAGACAAGGUCAAGCGAGAACGCAGAUCGAGAAACAGCCCAUGUCCAGAUCACCACCAGAGUUUGAUAUUAAAUAUGUUUGGAGUUGAUUUCUUUACUGAUCCUUUAUCAAAGAAUUAGAAUGUAAAAAAACAAUAAGGUUCUCCUGCACCAUUCUACAAAAAACAAAACCCUUUCCUCAUUACCUGCAUUUGAACUUUCAAGCAAUAGGGGUCGCUAUUGUAUCAGAUGAAGUUAAAGUAACUUAAAUAUUUUUUAAUGGCACGUUUUAUUUUAUUUUAUUUUAAAGCUGAAAUCAGUCUAUAGGAGAGUUCCACAGUUUGUCGACUGAACAAAUCUAAAUUGUCAGCUCCUCCCAUCUUUCUCUGUCAUUCUGCCAAACUGUGCUGGAAUGCACAGUGCCAAUAACAUAAUUAUUGGCACCCUUUAUGAAAAUUAUUUUACGUCUAGGACAGCUGAUGUUUUAAUCUUAAACAUACAAGGACACAUGUUUAUUUCUCCUAAAUAAAUAGAGUUUAGUUCAUUUUGAUGCAAAAUGCCGGUUUCAAAAUUAUUGGCACCCCCACAAUUAAGGCGCGCUUAGCAUUGAGUUUUGCAGUGUGUAACAAGGUUGUCGGCAGCAUUCCAAGUCCUUUUACAUUCUUAGGAGUUUAUAAUGUCAUAAGUCUUAGUACACAGUACAGAGUUGUGUGAUUUGAGACACAGCCCAGGUUAGUGCUGAACCCAACGCUCAACCGGGUAAAGAGCUUAAAUUAAAAAGCCAAUGUGCAAUGUUAGUAAUGUUACUAAUCACAUCAGCCUGGUCUUGUAUUCUUAAUUUAAAUUUUUUAAAUCUUGAUAUUUCUCUCUUGGGAAUUAUUAACGUAUAAAGGUUAAACAGCCUGCCCUGACCAAUAAUCAUAUCCAUUCAGAGUGGUGCGUGCAUGCGUGUGUGUUGUAACAUGAACACACUCACUAAUGGAUCAGGUCAAGUCAGGAAGUCAAGUUGGGUUUUUAUAAUGAGAAAUGUGUUUGAGGGAAUUUUAGCAAGUUUACAACAUGUCCACCAUGUUCCUUCACCCAAAAUGUUGUCAAUGCGACAAAACAUGUUUUGUGUGUACAAGGCUAACGUAACUAAGAGUUGAGCGUCUUCCUGAAGUUUAGCGUCGUUCAGGAACUCUUAAGAUUAAGAUAAUAGAUAUAUUUCUGUACGAUUUAAUAUGGAAUGUAUAAAUGGUGUUUAGUGAGAUGCCCUAUGAGGCGACUUCGAUAUUCACCAUGCCAAACUGGUGGCUAUUACCUACUAGCUUCUUUUACUGAAUAGCUACAUUAGUCUUGUAACUGCAGUGGAAAGCUCAAAUGUCCAACACCAAACAUGCUGUUUACAUUUUCAGUAACAGGGACAUUGUGAUUUUAUUGUACAUUUUGAUUUAGUUCCUUUUUUUUUCAGAUGACAUUACAAACAAAUUUCUUCAGUUUUUGCAAACAGUGCAAACCUUUUUAUUAUGAAAUGAUAUUUUACCAAAAUAUUACAAACUGGUGCAUCUUUGAAAAAAGACGUGGUCAUGUUGAAAGUGUAUUAGUUAUUGACAUUUCAAUAUUAGUAUAGAUGACGUAUAGAUUGCAUCCUUUUUUUAGAGGAAUACAAUAACUUUUAUAAUCUAUGCAUGACUUGAUUGAACUUUUUGGACAUAAAUGUAUGCCUUACAUUUCAUCAUUGUAACUUUUUGAUACUGUAUAGCUAAAGUAGGAUCAUUUAUGCUUGAGCGAUCGUAGUGUGGAAUAGUAGUGUGUGGGUGUUUGUGUGCUUUUGCUCUUCAUUAGCUGUAUAUCAUUGUGCUUGUGACUGCUGCUUUUUUGCCACUGAACUUCCCUUUAUGCCCCCUACACACACACACACACACACACACCUCGAUGUUAAAGAGUUUUGUGCUUCCACAUUGAGGAGGGUUUGUGUUUUGAGCACCAGUGUUUCAGCUGUCCUGCAUUUCGCUUCUUGCAUGUUGACUGAGUGCAGGAUGUUGUGUUUUUUAACACUAUUACUAUGCACAUGAAGCUGGAUUUGUUGCACUGAUGUUGGAUAUCAGGAGAAAAGAGCUGUUGGAGUGUAUAUUAUUAACUGCUAUUUACAAGGUCUCAUAAAGAAGUACAAUAUUAUAUACUGUACUAUUUUCCGGAUUAUAAGAUGCAAUUUUAUAUUUAGCUGCAGUGUUUUUCCACCAGGCAGUGCAAGCUCGUCUCAGUAAAUGAUUUCUUAUUUUGUCGACUUAUUUUGUGACCAAGUACAUAAUUUGGUUUUCCUUCUGGCAAGGGAGCAAUAGAAUUGAACAGGGAUGUGCGGGCGGAGCCAACUGCGCUGAUCACUGAUUGGUCAAACACAACGGUGCCAGAAUCGUCUCUGACUUGAGUGACUUUUCUACCAGACGUUAUGAGACAGCGAUAUUCAGUAGUAGUGUCGUAACUGUCUGAACAACUUUAGAUUUCUUUAGACCAUAUUCAAGCGUUGUUCUUCGAAAUCAUUAUAUGUGCUGCUUCACCCGAAAGUACUACAUACAGCUGGGGUCAGAAGUUUACAUACAGUGUGUCGUCUUGGAUAUGAAUGUCAUGACAGCAUUGGGCUUUCGAUGAUUUCUCUGAACUGUUUGUUUUCUGUGGCAAAAUCUCAUCUCAUUAUCUCUAGCCGCUUUAUCCUGUUCUACAGGGUCGCAGGCAAGCUGGAGCCUAUCCCAGCUGACUACGGGCGAAAGGCGGGGUACACCCUGGACAAGUCGCCAGGUCAUCGCAGGGCUGACACAUAGACACAGACAACUAUUCACACUCCCAUUCACACCUACGGUCAAUUUAGAGUCACCAGUUAACCUAACCUGCAUGUCUUUGGACUGUGGGGGAAACCGGAGCACCCGGAGGAAACCCACGCGGACACAGGGAGAACAUGCAAACUCCACACAGAAAGGCCCUCGCCGGCCACAGGGCUCAAACCCGGACCUUCUUGCUGUGAGGCGACAGCGCUGACCACUACACCACCGUGCCGCCCUGUGGCAAAAUGAUUGUACAAUAUAUUUCUUUAAUAGAAAAAAAAACAUGAAUUUGGUGCAGAAGUUUUAAUUUAUUUUGGGUUUUCUGAAAUCAACAUGGUCAAAAUUAUACAUACAGGGUCAAAAUUUUACAUACACUCACUUAGAUUAUUAAUUCAGAGAUGCUGAAACUUCCAAAAUGUCUCUUAUCUUGCCAAGGCCAAGGUCUCUUAACUUCCUGUUAGUGAUCAUGAUUGACUACAGCUGGUAGCUUCUAUGUGCCUUCAUAAAAAGGGUUCGUUUACAGCACUCAUUGGACUGACCAACACACAGUAAAAUGGGAAAGUCCAAGGAGCUCAGUGCAGAUCUGAGAAAGAGGAUCGCAGAUAUACACAACUCUGGAAUGUCUCUUGGAGCCAUUUCUAAACAACUGCAGAUCCCAAGAUCAGUUCAAACAAUUGUAUCCAAGUUAUUGUGAGGCGUAGCCACUUUGCCAAGCCACUUUGCUUCAAGAAAACCCAAACUGUCACCCUCCGCUGAAAGGAAAUUGAUUCGGAUGGUCAGGAACAACCUGGGAACCACCAUGGCACAGCACUGCCAUGAACUUGUAGCUGAUGGAUCACUGUCUACAGUUCAAUGAGUUUUAUAUCACUAUGGACGAAGAGGCUGCUAUCCAAGAAGUAAGCCCCUUCUCCAAAAUUGACACCUUCAAGCUUAACUAAAGUUUGCAAAUGACCACACAGACAAAGAAAAAGCCUUCUGGAGGAUAGCUGUAUGGUCAGAUGAGAAAAAGAUUGAGUUGUUUGGCCACAAUGACCACCAUGUACAGAGGGACACUGUACCAGCUGCUGGUGGUGGUAGGAUCAUCAUGCUCUGGGGCUGUUUUACUGCCAGUGGAACUGGUUCAUUGCACAAAGUGGAUGGAAUAAUGAAGAAGGAGAACUACCUCAGAAUUCUUCAGCAUAAACCAUCAGAAACUUGAAGACGACUUGGGAGUUACAACAGGGCAAUGAACCCAAACACACAUCAGAGCUGGUUGUGGAGGAUAAAGCAGGCUAAUAUUAAGCUUAAAACAAGUCCUGACUUCAUCCCGAUUGAAAAUAUAUGGACCAUGCUUAUAAGUCAAGUCCAUGCCAAAAAAAAAAAUCUAAUUGAACUCCUAAUUGAAUACCAAUUCUACCAUGAAGAGUCGUGAAAUAUCUAACCAGAAUUCUGCCAGAAGCUUCUUCAUGGUAAACAAAAAUGUUUUUGGUCAAGGUGAAUCUUGCAAAGAGACAUUUUACCCAAAUAUUAGGUGUGCUGUAUGUGUAGUUUUGACCUGGUGUUGAUUGCAGAAACCCCAAAGAAAAUUGUGCACUUAAUUCUAUUUUUUAAAAAAGAUGUAUGCUAUACAAUCAUUCUGCCACAGAAAAAGAACAGUUCAGGCCAGGGAAAUCAUUGAAAGCCCAAAUAUUGCCAUGACUAAACAUGAAUUCAGUAAUGAAAAAUAUCAUCAGGCAAAGUUUGCCCUCAACAGCCUCUGUAUGUUUACUAAAAUGAAAGUAUUGGCACCUGUGCCUUUGUCUGGGUCACUUACUGCCAGUAAAACUCACUGUUUUCAUGCAAUCGCAAACCCACAAUGACCUGUGAUUUUUUUUUUUAAUAACGUGUAAAAGAAAAUCAAUUUUUUAAAACUAUAAGUAGUAAUUUACUAAUCAUGCUCAUCACAUAACUAGUCCCCACCUAUCUCAAACUCUCCAGAGAAACUCCGCGCACUUUCACAAGUACAGGAAGUCAAUCAGGAUGUGGAUAGUUCUGGUUUUGUUUGUUUAUUGUACAGUGCUGUCUGGUGGAAAAGCACUAUUAGUGUACUUAUGGGAUCUUAAUGCUGCCGUCUGUUGUUCUCAGAGGUCAGAGCCAAGUUGCUACUCCUGACUUUUUUUUUUUGCAGUUUUCUCUGGAAAACUGAUAUUUAUCGAGCAUUGUAGGAGGAUAUGACUUAAUAACUACAGUACCAUAACAAUAGUUAUCUACAUUAGACAAAAAUAUACUGUAUGUGAUGAUAGUGUGAUUAUUGUGUGAUGCUUCAAGUACACUGCCAGCUACAAGUUGGACACGAAAGGUUUUUUUUGUUUGUUUUCUUAUAGUUUACCCACUAUUAACAAUGAAACAUGAACAAAAUGUUCCAUUAAACCCCCAAAUUUUAUCUUUGUAUUUAAGGACAUUUAACGUCAUUGCCUGCUCUCGGAUCGUACAAGGACUCGAAAUGAGGAUUUUCUUAAAGCAAUUACUGUAAGACUGUAAUAUUUGUCUUACAUUUAAUAUUAAACAGUGGUAGUAUCCACUGUAAGACAAAUACACUAUAUUGCCAAAAGUAUUUGCUCACCCAUCCAAAUUAUCGGAAUCAGGUGUUCCAAUCACUUCCAUGGCCGCAGGUGUAUAAAAUCAAGCACCUCGGCAUGCAGGCUGUUUUUACAGUUUGGAGCUGGCCCCUUCCUCUUCCAACAUGACUGUGCACCAGUGCACAAAGCAAGGUCCAUAAAGACAUGGAUGACGGAGUCUGGUGUGGAUGAACUGGACUGGCCUGCACAGAGUCCUGACCUCAACCCGAUAGAACAUCUUUGGGAUGAAUUAGAGCGGAGACUGAGAGCCAGGCCUUCUCGUCCAACAUCAGUGUGUGACCUCACAAAUGCGCUUCUGGAAGAAUGGUCAAAAAUUCCCAUAAACACACUCCUAAACCUUGUGGACAGCCUUCCCAGAAGAGUUGAAGCUGUUCUAGCUGCAAAGGGUGGACCGACAUCAUAUUGAACCCUAUGGAUUAGGAAUGGGAUGUCACUUAAGCUCAUAUGUGAGUCAAGGCAGGUGAGCGAAUACUUUUGGCAAUAUAGUGUAUUUUUUAAUGUGUCGGAUUAGAGUGAUCCAGAUUGAUGUCAGCUGUGUUUGUUAGUAACCUUGUGCAAAGUGGAUUUCAUCCGAGUUUCUGAUUAGGAACCGAUACACACUUUCCAAGUUGAAAGGUCAUGAUUUCUCUGAAUACGACAGAACACAGCAUAAGCUAGAACUACUACAGGGAUUAGUUACCAUAUUGGCAAUGCUAUCUAAACAGAAAAAAUAAAAUUUAAUUAAAAUUGGUGCCCCUUCUGGUCUGGAAAGUACAAACCUGUUUCCAGAAAAGUUCGGAUGCUGUGUUAACUGUAAAUAAACAGUUGCGGAUUGUUGUUAAAGGUAGCAGUGAUGCAACACAGUGGUGAACAUGCCCCUGUCCCAACUUUUUUUUUUUUGUCUUCAGUGUGUUGCUGGCAUCAAAUUUAAAAUGAUCAUGUAUUUUUCAAACAACAAAAACAAAUUCUCAGAUUCAACAUUU